AGGGUCGCACUGACCAUUGGCCUUGCUUGGUAAAAAUUGGCGUCCUUCCAUCGGUACUUCCUUACCACUUUGCCCACAGUUCCCAGAGGCUCUCCCUAUACCUUUCGGGAAAUGUAGUUUUUCUCCUCUCUGCGCUAAUACCGGUAUCUUCUGGAGAGUGCUUGCUCCUCACAGGACUCCAUUUCCCAGCAUGCUUGCGCCCUCACCCCGUCGCGGAGGCCAUUUUGUUCCGCCCGGAGGCCGCUAAGAUGGCGGCAAGGGAGAAGGUGAAGGUUGUCUCUGGCGAUAGGCGGCCCGGCUAGAGCCGGCAGCGUGGUGUCCAGCAUGGAUUUGCACACAGCCGUGUAUAAUGCGGCGCACGACGGCAAGCUGCAGUUGCUGCAGAAGCUGCUGGGUGGCCGUGGGCGGGAGGAGCUGGACGAGCUGCUGGGUGAGGUGGCGGGCGGCGGCACGCCGCUUCUAAUAGCAGCACGCCGCGGACAUUUGGACGUGGUGGAGUACCUGGUGGAUCACUGCGGCGCCAGCGUUGAGGCGGGCGGCUCGGUGCACUUCGAUGGUGAGACCAUCGAGGGCGCUCCGCCGCUCUGGGCCGCGUCGGCAGCAGGCCACCUGUCCGUGGUGCGGAGCCUCCUGCGCCGAGGCGCCUCGGUCAACCGCACUACGCGCACCAACUCAACGCCGCUGCGAGCCGCCUGCUUCGAUGGCCACCUGGACGUGGUGCGCUACCUGGUGGGCGAGCACAAGGCUGACCUGGAGGUAGCCAAUCGCCACGGCCACACGUGCCUCAUGAUCUCGUGCUACAAGGGCCACCGUGAGAUCGCACGCUACCUGCUGGAGCGCGGGGCGCAGGUGAACCGGCGCAGCGCCAAGGGCAACACGGCGCUGCACGACUGUGCAGAGUCUGGCAGCCUGGAGAUCCUACAGCUGCUGCUGGGCUGUCACGCGCGCAUGGAGCGAGAUGGCUAUGGCAUGACCCCGCUGCUGGCUGCCAGUGUCACCGGGCACACCAACAUUGUGGAGUACCUCAUCCAGGAGCAGCCCAGCCACGGGCAUCUCUCAGGGGCUGAGCUGUCCCGGGAAGGCUCCACUCAGGGGUCAUGCAGUAUCUGUUCCACCCGGGAGGAAGCAGAACCUUAUGAGAGCUGCUGCCCCACCAGCCGGGAAGCGGCCGUGGAGGCUUUGGAGCUGCUGGGAGCCACCUACGUGGAUAAGAAAAGGGAUCUGCUUGGAGCCCUGAAGCAUUGGAGAAGGGCAAUGGAACUCCGUCACCAGGGUGGGGACUACCUCCCCAAGCCUCAGCCCCAACAGCUGGUUCUGGCCUACGACUAUUCCAGGGAGGUGACCACGCCCCAAGAACUGGAGGCCCUCAUCACAGAUCCUGAUGAGAUGCGGAUGCAGGCUCUGCUGAUACGGGAGAGGAUCCUGGGCCCCUCGCACCCCGACACUUCAUACUACAUAAGGUACCGAGGUGCUGUCUAUGCGGACUCUGGAAAUUUCGAGCGCUGUAUCCGUCUGUGGAAGUAUGCCUUGGACAUGCAACAGAGCAACCUGGAGCCCCUGAGCCCCAUGACUGCCAGCAGCUUCCUGUCAUUUGCAGAGCUCUUCUCAUAUGUGCUGCAGGACUGCUCAGCUAAGGGCAACCUGGGCAUGCAGCUCGGUUUCCCCGACCUCAUGGGUGUGCUCAGCAAAGGGGUGCGGGAAGUGGAGCGGGCUCUGCAGCUGCCCAAGGAACCGGGUGACUCUGCACAGUUCACCAAAGCCAUUGCCAUCAUCCUCCACCUGCUGUAUCUGCUGGAGAAGGUGGAGUGCACCCCUAGCCAGGAACAUCUUAAGCACCAGACAGUCUACCGCUUGCUCAAGUGUGCCCCACGCGGCAAGAACGGCUUCACUCCAUUACAUAUGGCAGUGGACAAGGAGACCACCAAUGUGGGCCGCUACCGCGUGGGUGUCUUCCCCUCACUGCACGUGGUCAAGGUGCUGCUGGACUGCGGGGCUGACCCUGACAGCCGGGACUUCGACAACAAUACUCCACUGCACAUCGCUGCCCAAAACAACUGCCCUGCCAUCAUGGAUGCACUCAUUGAAGCUGGGGCCCACAUGGAUGCCACCAAUGCCUUCAAGAAGACAGCCUAUGAGCUGCUGGACUCAAAGUUAUUGGCCAAGAGCACCGUACAACCCUUCAACUAUGUGACACUGCAAUGCCUGGCUGCCCGCGCCCUAGACAGGAACAAGGUCCCUUAUAAGGGCUUCAUCCCAGAGGAGCUGGAGGCCUUCAUCCAGCUACACUGAGCCUGAUUCAGUCACCAGCGUGCACUUUGGCCUUCUCCAAGCAAAAGCAUUCUGUCUUCUUUGCCUACUGGCAGUGAGGGUCAAUGGAGUAGGUUGGUUCUAGAAGCCUUCAGGGUCACAUAGUAGCAAGAUGGUUUUUCUCUGUGACAAAGCAAAAGGGUGCCGGGACCUCCCCAGUGGCAUCUGUCUGGGUCUGGAGCCCUCUGCUCUAUCACCCAGCCUGGAGCUAGCUUUUCCGGAGUCCUGUGCACCCAACACUGUCAAGAUGGGGUCAGAAGUCAUUGGCUCCUUCCUGCAGUGGGCACCUGCCCUAGCACCUGCCACCUAGAAGUUUGCGGUUGGUUUGUUAUUUACUUAGCAAGUGGGCAGCAGUUUGUAGCCCACAUUCUGAUGUUUUUGCUCUGUCUUUUUUCCUUGGUUUCUGUGUGUUGGACUCACUAAUGACUUAGUUUGAAGUUGCCAGAACUUUGUGGUGGCCACAGUUGAGAGCAGCAUGAGCUAGUGUGUAACUAGCGUCCUGGGAAGCCUCCUCACUCGUGUGCUGGUUACAGAAAGAACUGUCCCCAAGAAGGGCCAGAGCAAGUGACCGGAACAGCCAGUAGACAACACUGCCUCCAGCCACACCCUGCUUGGAUUGACAUUGUUCCCAACUUCAGGCUGCAGCUGUGAGGACUGGCAGGCAGGUGGUCCAGCUGCCAGGUUCAUACCCAUGCCACACUUGUCCUGUUUCCCCUUCUCUGAGGACCUGACCCCAGGUCUUCAUGAGUUCAUAUUCCCAGUAACAGAUAGGAGUAGGCUUCUCCUAUUAAGAUAGGUGAAGGUGGGGAGCUGCCAGCCAGGCUGCCAUGGGGCCACAUGGGGCCCUGAGUGCAGCCCCAGCACCAAAAACUACCUGAAUAGCACCAACCUGUGACUCCACCAGCUCUUGUCCCAGUCACUUAUAGUGAGUGGGAUUAAAACUGGAUCACACCAAGGCAGGAGGUGGGAAGGUGCAAAAGGAGAAAGUCUAAUGUAGAGAGGCCAGUCCCUCCCUUGGCCAUUGAAGCCACAUAAGCCGUCCCGUGAGGACAUCAGUGUGCGAUUGCAGUGUUUGGUUAUUCUCUGUACAAAACAAGCCUUAGGCCUUAUUGGGCAGAGCCUUACUGCCCCACCCUGCUGAACGAAGCUCAGGGCAAACUCGGACCCCUGUGAGUUUUGGCACUUAUAUUUAUGCAUUAAAUGCAGGUAUGUGAAGAAA